CCAAAGCAACCAUGCCAUUGCGUGGUAGCAUCGCAAGCAAUCCAUAAUGUUUUCUUCUUCCGGCGGCGGCAAGAAAGCCCCUCCCCAGCAGUUGUCGCCGAAGCAGGAGAUGGUGCAAGUCGACAGGUCCGACGCUGCCUCCCCGUUCUGGAGGGCCCCUCCUCGAGACACCCCGCCUGCGACCAAGGCACGCGACUCGAGCCUGGUGGUGGGGGCCGCCUAUUCCCACGCCGACAUGCUCAAGUUUGACUCUCUGAACCUCUCCGGCCCCGGCUCGCGCCCAAGGACCCCACCAUCCGCGGCUUCAGGUUACGAGCGGACCGCCUCAGCGAGCUCACCGUCGCGAAAGACAGGCUCCAAGGCUACCGCACCGCCGUUCAAGACCUACAUGAACUUUCUGUCCAACACCAACGAUGACUGGACCGUUGAGGACGCCGAGGACAUGUACGACUACGAGUCGGACGACGGCGACGACUUCGGCCUGCCGAGUCUGUCCAACAUGAAGAGGAGGACAAAGAGGAUGGCAGAACAGAGCAAGGCGCAGACCGACAGCGGACUGGGCCACGACGAAGACCGGCGGGAGGAACCGCGCCGAAGAAACUCGGACAGUGCUGACAUUGCCAUCGAGCGGCCGGCCUCCAUAUACCCCAUCCCUAAGAAGAGCGAGGGCAAGAUACUACGGCCGCAAUACAAGGAAAUCUUGCGCGACCCCGCGAACGCGCUCCAUUUGAUAAACUACCCCUCCACACCAGCCAACGCCACGCAGAAAGAGAUGGACACCAUCAAUUCGAGGAUAACAAGGAUAAACAAGUUCAAAAGGUUAUUACAGGCAUCAACAAUAUCGCUCUCUGACCUGCGAGCCCUGGCAUGGUCCGGCGUGCCAGAAGAAGUCCGCGCCAUGACCUGGCAGCUCCUGCUCAGCUAUCUCCCGACCAGCAGCGAAAGAAGGGUAGCCACGCUCGAGCGAAAACGAAAAGAGUACCUCGACGGGGUGCGACAAGCCUUCGAAAAAGGAGGCGGCGGCGGAGGAAGCGGCGGCACGUCCACCUCGGCCCGCGGCGGGCGCGGCCUGGACGAGGCAAUCUGGCACCAGAUCAGCAUCGACGUGCCGCGCACCAACCCGCACAUUGAGCUCUACGGCUACGAGGCGACGCAGCGCUCGCUCGAGCGCAUCCUGUACGUGUGGGCGGUGCGGCACCCGGCGAGCGGGUACGUGCAGGGCAUCAACGACCUCGUCACGCCCUUCUGGCAGGUCUUUCUAGGCGUCUACAUCACGGACCCGGACAUUGAGAGCGGCAUGGACCCGGGCCAACUGCCGCGCGCCGUGCUGGACGCGGUCGAGGCCGACUCGUUCUGGUGCCUGACCAAGCUGCUGGACGGCAUCCAGGACCACUACAUUGUGGCGCAGCCGGGCAUCCAGCGGCAGGUGUCAGCGCUGCGGGAUCUGACGGCCCGCAUCGACGCUGGGCUGGCCAAGCACCUGGAGAAGGAGAACGUCGAGUUCAUCCAGUUCAGCUUCCGCUGGAUGAACUGCCUGCUGAUGCGCGAAAUCAGCGUGAAGAAUACCAUCCGCAUGUGGGAUACCUACAUGGCCGAAGAACAAGGCUUCUCCGAAUUCCACCUCUACGUGUGCGCCGCCUUUUUGGUGAAAUGGUCCGACAAGCUUGUCAAGAUGGAUUUUCAAGAGAUCAUGAUGUUCCUGCAGUCGCUGCCGACGCGCGACUGGACCGAGAAAGACAUUGAGCUGCUGCUGAGCGAGGCCUACAUCUGGCAGAGCCUGUUCAAGGGGUCGUCGGCGCACCUGCGGGGGCCCGAGAACAGGGUGCAGAGCACGAACUUUCAGCUCUAAUGAAUUAAUCUUUGAAUUGUUUCGAUGUGGGAUGGGACAGAAAGUAUACAUGUUUCUUUGUGACGGGUUGACUGGGAGGGAUGUGGGAAGCGAGCGCAUAGCAUAGCAUCGAUCGAUUAAGAUGGCAUCAGUAGUAAAUACCCCCUGGAGAUGGUGGAGAUAUCUUUGGCUCUGAUCGACAUCACGUCGUUAUCGUUGUGUUUUCAAGCAUCAAAUAUGCA